CACCCAGAGCCAAGUCAGGCUCUGGGCCAAAGUCAGGCAGAGUCAGCCUUGGGCUCAUGGCAAAUACUGGCAUCUGCAUUCUGCAGUGGUAGGAAAACCGAAAAGGAUUGCAUGGCCGCGGCGCCUGCAUUGGCAUGCCAGGGCUUGCAUUCUUGGCUGCAGAGCUUCCUCGUGCACAUUGCAGAGGAACUAGGUUCUGCAUAAUUGGGUGAAGGUGAAGGAAAAAGAGCUCAAAAUUCUGGAAUCCUUGACGAUGCUGCUCCUUGGUGGUUGAGGGAUCAUCUUGGUCCGCUGGGACAGACCGCUCAGUUUUUUCUGACUCUUAUUACAUUCUGAUUUGACGCUCAUCUAUCAGGAUGGACAUCUCUCUUGAAAGAGUGGGUGAGCAGCCGAGUAACCACCCCUGGCUCUCGGCCCCUCCCAGUAGCCCUCGGAUUGGAAAAGUUGCUCGGCCGCCUCGCAGCCCGUCAACAGUAACCUCUCCAUACUCAGCCCCUUCCACCUCCAAAAAGCGGCCUAGCAAUGAGGUCAGCUUCCCUGAUAUCUUCAGCAUUCCGGAUGCAAACUGGCCGGCGGACCCCAUCAAGAGGCCAGGGCACCGGCGUUCAGCGAGCGACUCGAUGGCAUUCCUAGACAGCGGGAUCAACAACAUGCAUUCUUUCAGCAACAUGCCGUCUCUAAGUGGAGAGCAGGACAGCAUCUUUGAAGGAAAUCACUCAUCAGGCGGCAGGCCCUUGAACGGGUUCGGAGAAGUGCCUGAUCCCGACUCUGACAAUGUGAUGGCCAUGUUUUUGGACAUGGACGCCAUCCAUGAUUCGCUUUUCUCGAGGGGCGAACCAGAGAGUAUUGCAGGCAAGCACGCGCCAAAGCAUCGGAGGGGAGCGUCUGAGGGUGGGAUUUCAAAUUCCUGGCUGGCAAAUGGGGGGUUUGUUGCCCCUGAGCAACAAAUGGGGGGACUGGCCAGUGUUCGGGAGGCCCCAGUCCCCGGAGAAGCAGUUUCCAUGCCAUCCUCCCGUAUCAAUCAGCCCCCAAAGCGCAGGGGCCACCAGCGCACCUUCUCUGAACCCCCAACGUCACUGUCUGAGGAGACAAGCUUUGCUAGCGAAGAAGACAUCAAACCGUGCAUUUCGGGCAGUUUCCUGGAUGGAAGUGCAGCGACCGACGACAAUCGACUGGUGGGAUUGUCAGAACUCAAAAAGGAGCUGGGUAUAUCGGGGCCGCUGAAAGAGAGCGAAUUGGAGCUCCUGCAAAUGGAUCCACGAAAGGCUAAGCGGGUGCUCGCUAAUCGGCAGUCUGCCCAAAAGUCUCGGAUUCGAAAGCUUCAUUACAUAUCCGAUCUAGAAAAGCGAGUCACCUUACUGGAGGCGGACUUGAAAGCGCUGCAGCCGAAAGUGGUAUACCUGGACCAGCAGCGGACGAAGCUGAACGGCGCAAACAGCGAGCUCAAGCAGAAGAUUGCAGCCCUUCAGCAGGAGACUGGAUUCAAGGAUGCCCUAAAUGACGCGCUUCAGAAGGAGGUCGAGCGAUUACGGCGGAACAUCGCGAGCAGCGCCCCAUUAAAUGGACGGUCCGGUUUCCAGCUUGGGAGCGACGAUCUGCCAUCCCACCACGCGCCUUUCGCUGGCGAUUCAAGCGGACCAGGCCCGCGUCCCGAUGCAAACGCCCCUACAGGAGAAGCGGUUGAAUUCGAGCACGUCACGGGUAUGGAUUUCGGACAGUCCCGGGAUAGCUUCCAACAUUACCUGGACGAUUUCAACACGGGCGGCUCGUUCCUGUUGGACUCGUUGUGAGGGUGCAGCGUGAAUACUGUACAAAAGCACGGUCGUAUCAUAGUAGGUUCGCAAGCCACUGCGUAGGAAAGGACACGUAGCAGCACCCUAAGCGUGCUGAUAGAUAACGGUCACAGUGCAAAGUCGCUGCAAACGGAUAUGGAAGAUGCCAUCGACAGCGGAACCAAGUCAAAAGUAUACCGUGAGAAUUGGAUGCUCUCAGGAAAGCGACUAACUUGUGCGACUGGGGGUUCACAAAGGUUUCGCUCAUGCAACGAUGGUCCUGCUUGCUACUAAAGACGGUACAAUCUGUGCUCCCCUUUGGUACAGGUUGUGCUCCCUUUGCUCCAAGCCAUCAAACCAUGUCCGGAUAGGUUGGAAUGCAACCACGUUGUUUGCAUGUGCCCUG